ACUGGGCUUCGAUCAGCCUUACAUAUGUUUAGCCUAUAUAUGUGCGUGUGUACGUCCGGUGCAUGCGCCACCGUGACGUCUGCAUCUCGCCGGUGUAGCUAGGUUAAACAUGGCCAUGGCCGGCGGCGGCGGCAAUUCGCUGCCUUCGCCGUCGUGCGGCGACGACAAGAAGCGGCGGGUGUGCUACUACUACGACCCGGGGAUCUCCACCGUCGACUACGGCGAGGGCCACGUCAUGGUGCCGCACCGCGUCACCAUGGCGCACAACCUCGUCGCCGCCUACGGCAUGCUCGGCGACAUGCGCCGCCUCCGCACGGCGCCCGCCACGGCGGCGGAGCUCGCCGACUUCCACGACGAGGGCUACCUCGCCCUCCUCCAGGACCUCACCCCGGACGGCUGCGGAGGCGACGACGGGGUCGGCGACAUGGCGCGCGCCAGGGGCAUCUACGCCGUCGAGGGCAAGGGCGGCGGCCGCGGCGUCGACAACCCGGUGUUCGACCGCCUCUGGGAUUACUGCCUCCGCUACUCCGGCGGGUCGCUCGCCGCGGCGCGCACCCUCGGGAGCGGCACCGCCGACAUCGCCAUCAACUGGUCGGGCGGGAUGCACCACGCGUGCCGCGGCGGCGCGAGGGGCUUCUGCUACGUGAACGACAUCGUGCUCGCCAUCCGCGAGCUGCUCGCCCACUUCCGCCGCGUGCUCUACGUGGACAUCGACGUCCACCACGGCGACGGCGUCCAGGCCGCCUUCGAGGCGUCGAACCGGGUGAUGACGGUGUCGUUCCACCAGCACGGCGGCGGCUUCUUCCCGGGCUCCGGCGCCGUCGCCGACGUCGGCAAGAAGGGCCCCGGCCGCUACUGCGCGCUGAACGUGCCGGUGAGCGUGGGCAUCGGCGACGAGGAGUACCACCGGCUGUUCGAGCCGAUCAUGGCGAGGGUGAUGGAGGUGUUCCAGCCGGAGGCCGUCGUGCUGCAGUGCGGCGCCGACUCCCUCGCCGGCGACCGGCUCGGCGAGCUGAACCUGACCACGCGCGGCCACGCCCAGUGCGUCAGCUUCAUCCGCAGCUUCAACCUGCCGCUCCUCCUCCUCGGCGGCGGCGGCUACACCAUCAACCACGUCGCCUCCUGCUGGUGCAAUGAGACGGCGGUGGCCAUCGGCAAGGAGAUCCCCAACGACAUACCCAAGCAUGGUUUCGACGUGUUCUACAAGAACCAGGAGUACAAGCUCCACUACAAGUUGGAGACGAAGCACCUGCACCGCAACCGCAACACGGCGAACUCCAUAGACGGCAUCAGGAUGGCGGCCAUGGAGAACCUCUCCAAACUGAAGCUGGAGGCGGCGGCGAGCGUGCAGUUCGAGGAGCGCCGCCACCGGAGCAUCAACGUCGGCGACCUCUACUACGACCCACGCGAGCAGGAAGAGGAAGAGGAGAGCCCCACGGCGAGGCUGCACCGGAAGCUCUACUUCGAGCCCACCGGAGAUCAGGAGAGCCCCUACACUAAGCACAGGUGCAACGUGCAGCCAGGGGAGUCGAGUAGUAGAAAGCAGCGUAAGCUAAAGUGAUCAUGAAGAUCAAUUGGCCCUCUUUGAAAGAGCUGUACAAGAACAUAUAAAAUUGUUCAAAUUUUGAUGGAACCUAGUAGUAAUGUAACAUAACA